CUUUACGAAAAAAAUGGCGUUUGAAAUGAAAAUUGCGGUUGUGUCAAUGGCCAUAUGUCUAAUGAUUGUAGCGACGACCGCUACCGAUAUUGAUGGCCGAAUCCAUAUCCGACGGAGCUUAGCUGAUUUUGGUGGAGGUUGUUGCAACGUGUUCAUGCACACUUGUUGUUUUCCUAAACAUUAGCAUAUAAUUACGUAAACAUAUAAAUAUAGCUACCUCGUAAUUUCUCUUAUAUUUUUUUUUUCUCUUUUUCCCAAAGCGAAUUGAUUAAUUAUAUAAAUUUUUUGGAAAGUGGGCGAUUGGACAUAAUAUUGGCGAUGUAUAUAAACCAACGUGUGUUAUCUUUCUUUAGAGGAUCAUCAAUGUAGUAAACUAUGUAUAUAGUUGUGGGAAGAAUAAACCGUACAUUUGUACAUAUGAA